UGAUAAAUGGCCAUUAGUGAGUAGCUCUUUUUUUUUUUUUAAUCUACAUAGACUUUGAACCCAUAUUGGCCAAGUCAAUGGAAAAUAAACAAUGAAAAAUAGAAUCACAAUCUACUUCACAUGAAAGUGAUUUGCCGUUGAAUUUAAUCUAAAUUUGAUAGAAGACUUCUCUACUUCUCUUUGAGAACGGUCAGAAGCUUUUUUUUUUUUAAUCUCUUUUAUAAAACAAACCGAAGAGAUACGCGAACUUCCCAUUGCUUCAUUGCUCCAUCCUCUCCCUCCGGCGACUUUUCUGAUGGAAAGCAGAACGGUUGCAAUUAUCGGCGCUGGAAUCAGUGGCUUGAUCGCUUCCAAAUAUGUGAAGGAGAAAGGCUUUACUCCCAUCGUCUUCGAGAUGAAGGACAACAUUGGGGGCGUGUGGUUGAGAACACUGGACUCCACUUUAGUGCAGACGCCCAGGCUUGCCUUCCAGUUCUCGGAUUUCCCGUGGCCGUCGGCAGUCACCGGCGACCUCCCGACUCACAGUGAGUUCUUGGAAUACCUUCAAUCCUAUGCCAGACAUUUCCACCUUCUCCAAUACAUCCAGUUCAACUCCAAAGUCGUCGGUAUGGACUUCGUUGAGAACUUAGAUUCCAGGGAUCUUGGUGUUCUUGCCUCCAUGGGUGAUGCUUGGUCAGGAGAGGCAUUCAAUUCAGGUGGGAAGUGGCAUAUAUCGGUCCUAAAUGCCAACGAAGGAUGUAGCAAGGUGCACAUUGUGGACUUUGUGAUGGUGUGCACUGGGAGGUACGGGGACAUCCCAAACAUGCCAGACUUUGAAGCAGGGAAAAGGCCAGAGGUUUUCAAGGGCAAGGUGGUGCAUGCAAUGGAGCUCUACUCCAUGGACCAUGAACAAGUUGAUGACUUGAUCUCAGGCAAGAAGAUUGUGGUUGUUGGCUUCCAGAAGACGGCUUUCGACGUCGCAGAUAAAUGCGCCGGUGCCAAUGGGGUGGAACUUCCAUGCACCAUGAUCUGCAGGGAGCCAAGAUGGCAUUUGCCUCCCUCCCUUGCUUGGACAAUGACCCUUGGGUUCCUCUUCGCCACUCGCUUUUCAGAGCUUAUGGACCAUAAGCCUGGGGAGAGCUUUCUUCUUGCUCUCUUGGCCACACUCUUGUCUCCUAUGAGAUGGGGGCUCUGCAAAUUGGUGGAGUUUUGCUUACGAUGGCAGCUGCCGCUGAAGAAGUAUGGCAUUUUGCCUGAAGGAAGCUUCUUUCAAGAAAUGGCCUCCUGCAAUAUCUUCACUCUUCCUCAAGACUUCUAUGAUCAUGUAGAGGCAGGGAGAAUCAUCAUAAAGAAAUCUGCAAGAUGGGGCUUCUGCGAGAAGGGCCUUGUUCUUGAGAGUGAAUCUCAUGAUCAGAAGAAACAGGAGUUGGUGGAGGCAGACUUGGUGAUCCUUGCCACCGGCUACAGAGGCAAUCAGAAGCUCAAGUCUCUCUUCGAGCCUUCAUCACCAUACCACCGAUACUUGUUACCAGGAUUGGAGUGUGGCGUCCUUCCUCUAUACAGAGAAUGCAUCCAUCCAAGGAUUCCCCAACUGGCGAUCAUCGGAUACACAGAGAGCGCAUCAAAUCUCUUUACGGCGGAGAUGGAAGUGCGAUGGUUGGUCUGCUUCCUCGCCGGCGGCUUCCGGCUGCCGAGCACCAAGGAAAUGGAAGAUGACAUAAAGAGGUGGGAUGAGUACAGAAGGAAGCACUCUGCAUACAUUUAUAAGAAGCCUAGCGUUACUGUAAUUCACAUUUGGUACAACGACAUGCUCUGCAAAGACAUGGGGUGCAACCCAAGGAGGAAGAGCAACUGGCUUUCUGAGCUCUUCUUGCCUUAUGGUCCAGCAGAUUACUCAAACCUCAAGAUCUAGAGCUCCUGCAACUUGUUACUUCACAAUGGGGAGAUCACUACUGAUCAGUAUAGCUUGUAAUUAUGUCUACACAAAGAAUAAAUGAAUUUAAACAGCUUUGGUCUUAGGUUUUCGAAGGAAUACUGUCAAUGUCUAUCCAUGACAGAAUAAGGAAACUCCUUGUAGUUUUAAUGAAGCCCCCAAAAUGAAGUUCUACAAUUUUAGUGAAGUUCCCAAUAAUUAACAAUAAAA